ACCGCCUCAAAGUGUUCCAUAAACCCUUCUCCAGAUACAGUGUUUUUACAUUAUUAUCUCUUUCCUUCACUAGUAGAAACCCUUAAAAUCACUCAAUUUGGUGCUACAAACAUAAGCAAAUGGCUUCUUUUUGCACUCUAUCUUUCCCUGGGAAUUUGAACAUGGCAAUGGUUUCAGAUCUUCCAAAGAAUCUCCAUCUUCUUCCUCAUACUUUGAUGGGCACAGAUCUGCAAACCCAAUUUCACAGAAAGAUCAACCAGACAAAGAAAAGGUCUUGUGGUGGGGUUUGUGCAUCACUAUCAGAAAACGGUGAAUAUUAUUCCCAAAAGCCAUCAACUCCUCUUCUAGACACUAUCAAUUACCCAAUCCAUUUGAAAAAUCUCUCUAUUACGGAAUUGAAGCAGCUAUCCGAUGAACUUCGAUCUGAUGUGAUCUUCAAUGUUUCCAAUACCGGUGGCCACCUUGGUUCGAGUUUAGGUGUGGUAGAGCUCACCGUGGCACUUCACCAUGUCUUCGAUACUCCUCGUGACAAAAUUCUCUGGGACGUUGGUCAUCAGUCAUACCCACACAAAAUCUUGACUGGAAGAAGGGACAAGAUGCAUACCAUAAGACAAACAGGCGGGUUAGCAGGAUUCACCAAACGAUCAGAGAGCGACUAUGAUUGUUUUGGAACUGGCCAUAGCUCUACUACCAUCUCUGCAGGCCUGGGCAUGGCAGUUGGAAGAGAUUUGAUGGGAAGAGGGAAUAAUGUAGUGGCAGUUAUAGGGGAUGGGGCGAUGACAGCAGGUCAAGCUUACGAAGCAAUGAACAAUGCAGGCUAUCUAGAUUCCGACAUGAUUGUUAUUCUUAAUGACAACAAGCAAGUUUCCUUACCAACUGCUACUCUAGACGGUCCUAUACCGCCUGUUGGGGCUUUAAGUAGCGCGCUCAGUAGAUUGCAGUCGAAUGGACCUCUUAGAGAACUUAGAGAAGUUGCCAAGGGAGUAACCAAAAGCAUUGGAGGUCCUAUGCAUCAAUUAGCAUCGAAAGUUGAUGAAUAUGCACGUGGAAUGAUCAGUGGAUCUGGAUCCACUCUGUUUGAAGAGCUUGGAUUAUACUAUAUUGGUCCUGUAGAUGGUCACAAUAUGGACGAUCUUGUUUCCAUCCUUAACGAGGUUAGGAAGACGAAAACCAACGGUCCUAUUCUUAUACAUGUUAUAACUGAGAAAGGAAGAGGCUACCCUUAUGCUGAGAGGGCUGCAGACAAGUACCACGGAGUGACUAAAUUUGAUCCGGCGACUGGAAAGCAAUUCAAGUCGAGCUCGAAAACUCAAUCUUACACGACAUACUUUGCAGAGGCUUUAAUUGCAGAAGCAGAGGCAGACAAAGAUAUUGUAGCUAUUCACGCUGCAAUGGGCGGUGGAACGGGUUUGAAUCUCUUCCAUCGUCGUUUUCCAAGUCGGUGCUUCGACGUUGGAAUAGCCGAACAACACGCUGUUACAUUUGCAGCCGGAUUAGCCUGUGAAGGCAUUAAACCUUUUUGUGCAAUUUACUCGUCUUUCAUUCAAAGGGGUUAUGAUCAGGUUGUGCACGACGUAGAUUUGCAGAAGCUGCCAGUGAGAUUUGCAAUGGACAGGGCGGGAUUGGUCGGAGCCGAUGGUCCAACCCACUGCGGUGCAUUUGAUGUGACGUUUAUGGCUUGUCUUCCGAAUAUGAUAGUGAUGGCUCCGGCAGAUGAGGCUGAACUAUUCCAUAUGGUUGCAACCGCGGCAUCAAUUGACGACAGGCCGAGUUGUUUCAGGUAUCCACGAGGAAACGGAAUAGGGGUAAAGCUUCCAAUCGGAAACAAAGGCAUACCAAUCGAGAUCGGAAAAGGCCGAAUUUUAAUCGAAGGAGAACGUGUAGCUUUGCUCGGAUAUGGAACAGCAGUUCAGAAUUGCUUGGAAGCAUCUACUCUAUUAGAUCAGCGUGGCUUAAAAGUAACAGUAGCCGAUGCCAGAUUCUGUAAACCCCUCGACCGUAACCUAAUUCGUGGAUUAGCUAAAUCGCAUGAUGUUUUGAUCACGGUUGAGGAAGGAUCAGUAGGUGGGUUUGGUUCACAUGUGGCUCAGUUCAUGGCGCUUGAUGGGCUUCUAGAUGGAAAUCUAAAGUUGAGGCCGAUGGUUCUUCCAGAUCGGUAUAUUGAUCAUGGUUCGCCGGAGUUCCAAAUUGAUCAAGCUGGUCUGAGCCCGUCUCAUAUAGCGGCUACUGUAUUCAACAUACUUGGAAAAACAAGAGAGGCUAUAGAAGUUCUGACUUAAUCAUACAAAGAAGCUGAAGAAGGUCCUUCAUAUAUAUAAUAUAUAUAUACAAUAAAUCAUGUCUGUCUGUGAAGUUAUAUCUGCUUAAAUCAGUUUUUUUUUCUUUCAUGAAUCCUCCUCGAUUAGUACAAUAUAUCUCUAAUGAACACCCAA